AUACUAGCCAAGCUAGAUCAUGUUUGUUUGGGGCAGCUGGAAUUUUUUGUGGAAAGGGUUUGUCGAGUUCGUUCCCAAAUUUCUGUCAACUGUGCAAACCGUCAGAUCGACUUUCUAAGAUUAGAACAAGUUUCAUGAUGGCCAGAGGGAUGCGUGUGUUAAAUGUUGCAGAGAAGAAUGAUGCCGCCAAGUCACUGGCAGACUUGAUGUCAAGAGGAAGAUACAGAAGGAGGGAAGGCUACUCCAAAUACAACAAGAUCUAUGAAUAUGACUAUCAGCUUUUCAACCAGGACUGCAGUAUGACAAUGACGUCAGUGUCAGGCCAUCUGCUCAAUUAUGAAUUUGUGUCUGCCUUCAAAAAGUGGCACAGUUGCAACCCAGUGGCAUUGUUUAAUGCUGACGUCUUCAAAGGUUGUCCAGAGAAUUUCAAAGACAUCAAGAGGACUUUAGAGCGUGAGGCCAGACAGCAUGAUGUCCUCAUCAUCUGGACUGACGGAGAUAGGGAAGGGGAGAAUAUUGGCUGUGAAAUUGUUGACGUCUGCAAAGCAGUGAAACCACGUCUGGAUGUAUACAGAGCUAGAUUUUCUGAGAUUACUCCACAGUCUAUCAGCAAUGCGUGUAGGAACCUUGGUCGGCCUGAUGAGAGAGUGUCAAAUGCCGUGGAUGUCCGACAACAGCUGGACCUGAGAAUAGGUGCAGCUUUUACCCGCUUCCAGACCCUUCGUCUCUGCAAGGUGUUCCCAGGCAUCCUAGACGGCCAGUUGAUCAGCUUUGGCAGCUGUCAGUUCCCCACCCUGGGGUUUGUGGUCGAGAGGUAUAAACAGGUGGAGGCAUUCAUACCGGAGGCGUUCUACAAGAUCAAAGUCUCUCACGAGGUCGAGGACACCAAGGUAGAGUUCAACUGGAAGAGACAUCGGUUAUUCCAUCGCCUGGCCUGCGAGGUACUGCUACAAGUCUGUCUGGAUGACCCCAUGGCAACAGUCACUGACGUCAGCAGCAGGAGCAAGAGCAAAUGGAGACCUCUACCCAUGGACACUGUGGAACUGGAGAAGUUGUCAUCUCGCAAGCUGCGAGUUGGUGCCAAGGAGACCAUGAAAAUUGCUGAGAAGCUGUAUACCAAAGGGUUCAUCAGUUACCCUCGUACAGAGACCAACAUGUUCCCUAAGGAUUUCAACCUCCCAGAAUUGAUUCAGGAACAGACUCAGGAUCAGAGAUGGGGACCGUUUGCUGCAGGGAUCCUCCAGGAGGGUCCUACCCCUCGUCAGGGCAACAAGACCGACAAUGCCCAUCCUCCAAUCCACCCCAUCAAAUACACCAACACCCUGGACGGAAACGACUUCAAAGUCUAUGAGCUCAUCGUGAGGCAUUUCCUAGCGUGUUGUUCCAAGGAUGCCCAAGGCUAUGAGACAACUGUUCUCAUCAAGAUAGCGAGUGAGGAGUUCACAGCUCAGGGUCUGAUGAUUGUUGCCAGGAACUACCUGGAUGUUUACCCCUAUGACAAGUGGAACGCCAAGGUCAUACCGGUAUUCCAACAGGGCGAAACUUUCCAACCCAGAUCCAUUGAGAUGGCUGAGGGAGAGACCAGUCCACCGCCCCUCCUGACAGAGGCAGAUCUGAUCUCACUCAUGGAGAAACAUGGAAUCGGCACGGACGCCACCCACGCUGAGCACAUUGAAACAAUCAAGUCACGUCUGUACGUUGGCGUAAGACCUGACGGCAAGUUUGUCCCCGGUGAGCUAGGUAUGGGGCUGGUGGAAGGGUACGACAGCAUGGGCUAUGAGCUGUCCAAGCCAGACCUGAGAGCUGAACUAGAGGCUGACCUGAAAAGGAUCUGUGACGGUGUCAAAGACCCAGAAGUGGUGCUGCGGGAGCAGAUAGAGAAGUAUCGACAGGUCUUCAUUGAAGCGGCCGCUAAUGCCAAUAUGUUGGACGUUGCACUGUCAGGAUAUCUGGGUCAGCAACCUGAAGCAUACGUGCCGGAUGUCAAUGAAAUGGCCACCGUCACCCCAGUCCGCUCCUGUCCCAGGUGCAAUAAUUCCAUGAUUCUCAAAGAGAAGAAGGAAGGAGGCUGGAUGGUCAGCUGUUCCGGCUACCCAGCAUGCAAAGCUGCAGUCUGGUUCCCUGCGGCCGUACAGGAGGCCACCGUGUCUGAUGAAAUCUGCCGAACUUGUCAACCUGGGCCUGUCAAGAAAAUCAAGUUCAAGUUCAAGCGAGGGUCCGUACCACCCAUGAUGCCAUCAGAUUAUAUCGGCUGUGUUGGGGGAUGCGAUACAAUGUUGAAGGAAGCUCUUGAUCUGAACCUGUCAUACCUAAGACCAGCAACUCAGCCACAAGUGCCAACAACAAAUGCGAGGAGUAACAGGGGAAGGGGCGGGGCACAGAGGGGAGGGGGAGGAGCAAACGGCAGAGGAGGCGGAAACAACAGAAGAGGAGGAGGAAAUGGAGGGGGCGGGGCAUAUGGGGCUGGAGGAGGGGGAGGGGCAAAUGGUGGAGGGGGUUGGACAAAUGGGGGAGGGUUUGGAGGAGGGGGAGGGGCAAAUGGAGGAGGGGGAGGGGCAAAUGGAGGUGGAGGUUUGGGAGGAGGGGGCGGGACAAAUGGGGGAAGGUUUGGAGGAGGGGGAGGGGCAAAUGGAGGUGGAGGGUUUGGAGGAGGUGGGGCAAAUCGAGGGGGAGGAUUUGGAAGAGGGGGUGGGGCAAAUGGAGGGGGAGGGUUUAGAGGAGGAGGUGGAGCUAGAGGAGGUGGCAGCAGCGGUUUCUCUUCAAAUGUUCCACAGUCAAGGCCACCACUAAAUCAAGUGCCUGCUGGCGGGCAGUCGUUCUUUGCUGGUUCCAACAGCAAUGGUGGCGAGAAUGCAGUGGUGUGCAACUGUGGCAGUGACGCUCUGCGACUCACUGUCAAGAAGGAGGGCCCUAAUAAUGGCCGACAGUUUUACAAGUGCAAUAGUGGAGAUUGCAAUUUCUUCCUCUGGGCUGACGAGAACGCAACGCCCACCAACCCCUCCACUAACCAGAGCGUCUCAAGUUGGAAUGCCGGUGGAAACUCGUGGAAAACCCAAAAUUCCUCUGGAAAUUCCUCCGGAAAUUCCUGGAGCAGUGGAAGCAGCGGGUACGAGUCUGGGAAGGAUUCCUCAUCCGGACCGAGAACCAACAACUGGGGAGAGGUCAUGUGUCAGUGUGGACAGGCUGCAGUAUUACGCACCGUACAGAAGGAAGGUCCCAACAAAGGCAAGGAUUUUCACUGCUGUGGCAAACCACAGGGCAAACAGUGCAAGUUUUUUGAAUGGACUGACGGCAACAGUGGAUUGGGUGGUACCGGAGGCGGUGGGGCUCGAAAUCAAUCCACGUGGGGCGGUAGUGGGGGCAGCAAGCGAGGAGGGUUCAGUAAAAGGGGCGGAGCCAGCUCGGGCUUUGGAGGGGGCGGGGAUGACAACAGGAAGAGGAAGAAACCAAAGUGUAGCAUCUGCAAUCAAGAAGGUCACACAAAGCGUGGUUGCCCAAUGAAGUGAACGAAACUCUCCCUGCCUCAAGUGUGCGUAAUAUCCAACCAACUUCGCAUCACACACGUGCAAGACGUACCUCCGCCAUGCGUAGUCUUACAGCCAGAACAUCCCACAGCUAUGUGAUGGGUUAUAAUUAUGAUAAGAUAUUGCUGAAUAGAAAUAAUAUAUUGGUGCUGAAAAUAUCAAUACUGUAUGCCGUUCUUCUCAUGUGUCUAUAAAUGUAAACAUUUUUGCCUUUGGGGGAAAAAAAAAAAAAUUGGCCGCGAUCAAAACAUCAGUCGCUUUACCUUUUACAGUUAGAAUUUAGACUUGAUAGGUGCUGUUGAUCAUGAUACCCGUAACAUAGUGGUCACAUUCAUAGUGUGUUUUUGUUUGAGUCAUGGUCACACUCAUCGAAAUGUACCCAACUGAUGUAAUUACUGACUUAAAGG